UUUUCUUUCGCGUGUUCCGUGACCUAGACAGUCGAUUAAAAACGCAGAGAAAAAUUUCAGGAAAAAUUGGGACUUCUGAUAGAUCAAGUGGGGUCUACAAUGACAGGUGGCGAUAAAAUUAAUCGACCAAAAACGGCUUUGCAGAAAAAUAUUAGCAAGCUCACGAGAGUAAAAAAAGCACAGAAAAAGAAGCAACAACAGAAAAACAAAGGAUCCAAGCAAAGUAACAACCAGAGGGGCAGUGCUUCAAUAUCUGCAAAAAAGAAGAGACUUAUAAUGAAAGAAAUAAAAAAGCAAAGAAAAGAAGAAAAUGCAAUGGAAGUUGUUACACAGCAGCAAAUUCAUAAGAAACCAGAGGGAAAGAAAAUCAAGGAGACUAACGCUGAGAAAAUGGACACAAGCUAAUGUCUCUGAAAAAGGAACAGUAACCUGACAAAAGAGGGGACUCUCUCUUCAUAUGGGUCGUUCAUGUUUUGAUUCCAUACUGAUUUAGAGAGCUACAUGUUUAACUUUGUCCAUCAGUUGUUCAAGUCUACACAAGCACAAUCUUACCCAUUAAGGCUUGCAUUUAAUAAAUGAGCUACUGAUGUUGUUGUUUUUCCUUCAACCUCAUAACCCUUAAGAGUGACUAACAUCCAAUUUCUCCCGACCUCAAUCAAAUAACAAUAAAGGAGAUGGUCACCAACUAAGGAAGUUCUUGAUUUUUAAACAAAUUCUCCUUGUCAGCACCCCAGAAUGUGUAGAGAACAGUAUGGAGAAUAUGCAUACAGAUGUUAGGGUGUAAGAGAUUAAGAUUUGUUAUGUAAACGAGUUUCAAGGAAUUAGAAAACUGUUAAUUUUUUGUGGGGAGGUAGUAGGUGUCUUGCAUGCACUCUAACGUCACCUUCCCCUUCAGAGGUUAGUUAAUCAAAUGGAGCAAGCCACUCAUGCGGGAUUAAAAGUGAAAUCUGAGUUUGAUUUCUUUGUUGUGGUAUGU